AUGUCACCCGCCGACGUUAUAACAUUCGAAGGCCGAACGAGGGAGCUUUUUGGGAAGGCUAUAGUCACUGUAAAAACAGGCCAAGGUCUUGCUCCUCUGCGCGCAUUAGACACCUUGGGCAUCUUCCUCUCGUGUCUCCUCUCCAAGAAAUAUCCUCAUCCUAGCUCCGACAUCAUCGCCAUCCUCGCUGGACUCGACCAUAUCGACGCUGUUUUCACAGACUUUUUUGUGCAAGACUCAGAGACUCCGGGACAAGUGUUGGAGCCGUUUAUUCUGUUGGGUCUACUGGCAAACUAUAACAAAUUUGAGUUCCAAAAUCCAUACCAGCUCAGGUUCAACGAUUUCGUCAAUGAAGACACCAUUCAAAAAACUAUCCGAUGCAUCGGUUACACUUGCCAAGCUCUUCGGUUAGACUACAUCGACAUUCAAGACGAUUUACCAGAAGGCUGGACAUUUAGCAAUACACUGAACCUGAUUGGGUUUGGUCUAAUAAUUCGUGGCUCAAAGCCAGAAAAGAAGCCCGUCCAUGACGCCGAAACAGCGAAACAACUGUUCUCCAACCUGCCUAGCGAGAAUGCGGCCGCCCUUCUCGCAUCCUAUGAUUUUGCACAUGCCAAUAAACUUUUCUGCUUCAACUUUGUGUCACUUCCAGGAGAGAAUGACGGUGAACGACCAAUUGCAAGCUACUUGUCACUCACGUCUUAUCUGCUUCAACACGCUCAUCUUUCCCACCGGGCUACUUACUACGCGCACCUGAACCUCAUGGUAUUUCGCUUACUGAUUGAAGAUUCAGUUGUUUGCAAAAAAAUUUGCGACGAAGUAAAGGCUUCUGUUCGACUGUGUCGACACCGGCAACCAUUCUUGCCGCUUGUGAAAACAGAGCGAGUCCUCGCAGCCAGUGUCCUUGACUGCAUGAUCGAUGGGAUCAACCAUAAUCUUCGUCGACGACUGGAUGUUAGCCUAUACACUUUGUGUCUGGGAAUAUUAUUACGAAUUAUUUCUCACCUCUCUCGCUCAAGAACGCGCCUGGCCUAUCAUUGGUCAGAAUUCUUUAGAUCUCUACUGUCACUGGUCCGCUUCUUGGCAACCUACACUUCAGACCUGAAGGGUUUAACUCAUAUCAACACACUGCUAGACCAUGUUGUCAACCUGCUAGCACUCUCUCUGUCUGCAGGCGAAGCAUUCUUGCCAUCGCCUGCCGCUUAUGACGACCUGUUUUACAAAGUGGUUGAAUCCGGCGAAGUGCUGACCAAGUUCAAAGAAAACUAUGGUCUUGAGAAUCGCAAGAGCAAUUCAAUUGACACAUUGAUUAGUGUCAGUACCCAUUACAAGCAGCUGCUUGCCGGGGGAGGUGGCUCCUCCAAAAAGAAACCGAGCCAUCUCACGACACAACAGGUCACAGAAGUCAUUAAACAGGGGUAUGAAACGCUGAGCAUACAGGCGAAGGAAGGCCUGGAUACUUGGGAUAACUUUCGAGAAGCAGACGAGAGAACGCUUUUGAAAAAGGUGGCAAGGGCAUCAGUUGGUGAUGUGAGAGUCAUGGUAGAAAGGCAUACUCAGUAA